AAGAAAUGCAAGCGUCUGGCUAAUCAAUGAACUUUUGUCACUUUUUUCUAGUAUUGUUCUCUCAGAAAUGUUUCUUAAAGUCUUAGAGUACAAUCUAAAAGAGAUAUCGUAUGCUGCUGAUGUUGCACAAUUAAGUUAUUCAAUGAACGUACAUGAAAGUGGAAUUGUUUUAAAACUGGAUGGCUUCAAUCAUAAAUUACCUCUGUUAUUCCAGACCAUUGUCCAACAUUUUGUAAAUUUUGAAGUGACGGAACAAAUCUUUGAAGUUGUCAAGAAACAACUAUCAAGAGUUUACAGGAACUGCAUCAUCAAACCAAACAAACUUGUCAGGUCUGUAAGGUUGUCCAUUCUUCAGCUAGUUAAAUGGUCCAUUGUUGAGAAAGAGGGAGCUAUUGACAGCAUUACACUCGAUGAUCUGAAGAAUUUCGCAAUAUCUUUUAAAGCCCAGCUAUAUUUCGAGAGCUUAAUUCAGGGUAACGUGACUGCUGCCGAAGCCGUUUCCCUGCAAGACCACCUAUACAAAAUGGUGGAUCCUUCUCCAUUGCUACCAUGUUUCCAUCCAGAGGUAAAUGCAAAAUAA